AUGAGCUACAGUCCGCUGCUCGGCUCCGAUCGGCGAGCGGGCGAGCCAAGCUCCGGCCUUCCAUCGUCCACCUCGAUCCGCGACACGCUUUCCGGCGCCAUCCACUCGACGAAGGCCUACCUGCAGCCCUUCGCACCCGGAUCUCCCUAUCUAGGCUCCAAUGGUACCAACGGUCACAUCGAGCCGGGCCGUCUACUCUCCGACGUUGCGCCUCAACUCAUGACAACUCGAAUGAUGGCUGCCGUCACCAACUCCAACACCGCUCUCGGCCUAACGCCUGAUGGUCAGCGCCGCGCACGGCUGCUGCUCACGCCCGGAUUCUCCCUCAGCAGCCCGGCUCGAUCGCUCGUUCGCAUGGGUGGCUCCUUCAUCCAGUCCGGCAUCGGUCGUGGGCCAAUGAACGGCAUCACAUCGCACGAGCUCUUCGUGUUGGAAGAGAGCGAUCGCAUCCUUGCAACAGCUGCGCAAGACCUCGAUCUCGGCGGUCAAAGCGAUCACCAGUCUGGUUCGAGAGCCACCAUCGAGGCUGCCAAGUCCAAAGCAGAGCCAUCCGUCUCGCUCCUUCGAGGCUUCCAAGCCACACUGCCCAGCUCCACCGAGGGGCGUCAACGUCGCAGGCGCGUUCGUGCCAUUGCCAGUGGAUUCGAAGAUGGUCCCGAGGGUCCGACCAAGCUCGGCCUCAAGGCGAUGGGUGACAAAGCCCGCGGUCUCAUGGUGGAAGGCGUUGACGCCGAGCCUGUCUCUGCUUUCCAAGCCCGCGAGCAGCGUCACGCACGCAGGAAUCAGGCGAGUCGCAUCCUGUCCAGAGGCAAAGAUGGCACACGCUCGUCUGUGAUCGAACUCGAAGAGCUCGAGAGACAGCUGCGAGAGAUUGAGCGCGAGCAGGACGAUGUUGGGGUCAGACGCUCGCUCAUCGAUUCCGAGAUGGCCGCCGUCGAUGCAAAGAUCAAGGUGCUGGAAAAGAUCAAGGCCGGUCUGCACAAGAAGCUGCUUGGUCUUCGCGAAGAGGAGCUGGAGCUCAACGACGAGCACGAGGGCGUGGGAGAGCUGCUAGCGGUGCAGAAGCAUCUGCGCGCCAUGCCCGGUGGACCCGCCGCAGCUGCCAAUGCAGGCGCCUCGGGCGCAACCACGAGCCAAGGCAGCAGUCGUCGGCGCAAAGGGCCUCUGUUCAUGCCUCAGGAGCACGAUGAGCUGCCGUCUGGCGUUGCUUUCAUGACGCUGGCGGAUCACUCGGCUCCCAUCACGUCGCUUGACUUUACCGAGCCGUACGGUACGUUGGUCUCGGCAUCGCUGGAUGAGACGGUGCGAGUCUGGGAUUUGGCAUCUGGUGACGAGGUGGGUAGGCUGCGCGGUCACACCGGAACGGUCAAGUGCUUGCAAGUGGAAGAUGAAGUUUGCAUCACGGGUGGCUCGGACAACGCCAUCCGCAUCUGGGAUCUCACCAAGGUGGAGAACUUCGAAGCACGACUCACCAUGACAGCAUCGGGGGAGCUCCCGGCAAGGAGAAGAUCGCCCGACUUGAGUCGCAGUCCCCAGUUGGAGGGAGACGAAAGCAUGAGCAGCAUCAAGAUUCGCGAUGGAGACGAAACCGCGGGAGACGAGGAGGAGGAGGUGCGGGACGAAUUCGACCCAUGCGUCAAGAGCCUCGAAGGGCACAGCAAGUCGGUGACUGCUCUGUACUUUGACGACAAUUGCCUGGUCACCGGUGCUUCGGACAAGACGCUGCGGCAGUGGGACCUCAACACGGGUCAGUGUGUGCUGACCAUGGACAUUCUAUGGGCUAUCUCAAACCCAACGUCGUCGCAGGCCAUCUCACAGUCCGAGUUUGGUUUCCCCGAGUCUCCUUCGCGCAAAGCCUCAUCGUCCGCCAUCUUGGGCCCCACACGGCCGGACCUGACGUCGCGCGACUCAUUUUCGGUGCUCAACAACCUCUCGGGCGCAUUCGCGUAUCCGACGCCACCGUACGCUGACGGCAGCUGGGAGAUGUACCAGGACUUCGUGGGAGGUGUGCAAUUCUGGGGGUAUGCAUUGGCGAGCGGUUCAGGAGACGGCGGAGUGCGCAUGUGGGACAUGCGAACGGGACAGGCGCAUCGGACGCUGCUGGGCCACACGGCACCUGUGACGUGUCUACAAUUUGACGAACACAACGUCAUCUCAGGCAGUCUGGACAAGUCGAUCCGUAUCUGGGAUCUGCGCAUGGGCAGCAUCUCGGACACGAUCCGAUACGAUCACCCCGUUACGGCGUUGCAGUUUGACUCGCGCAAGAUCUUGGCGGCUACCGGCGAGAAUGGGGCCAAGAUUUUCAACCGUACCACGCUGCAGCAUGGUUCGUUGACUCUGAACGGUCACACCUCGCCCGUCGAGAGGUUGCGGUAUAUGGACCGAUACGCCGUCUCGGGUGGAAAGGACAGCGUUGUCAAGAUUUGGGCGCUGUGA